CAUCCGUCCACCCCCUCUGCCUACCCCACCUCCCGCAGCCGUCCUCCUCUCCGCUCCGGCCGGCCUGGCCAGCCUGGCCGUGGCCCUCCUCCGUGCCCGCCGCCAUGGCAGAGGCAUCCUGCGCGAGAAAAAUCUAGCCCGGGGAUUUCAUGCGGCCUAGCUUGGUUCCGUCUCCUCCCCCCGCAGCCCCGGCGGCUGCCCGCACCCCAGUCCCGCUCCGGGCCUCCGUGUCUCUCCUGUGAUCCUACUGACACGGCCGGGGGUUAGAAUGGAACAAACUGAAGGCCCGAUGAGAGAAAGGGAAAGUUAAGGAUGCUGGAGCAGAACAAUGGAUUUCUCUUUCUCUUUCAUGCAAGGGAUCAUGGGAAACACAAUUCAGCAACCACCUCAACUCAUUGACUCCGUCAACAUCCGUCAGGAGGAUGCCUUUGAUAACAACAGUGACAUUGUUGAAGAUGGUGGCCAUACACCAUACGAAGCUACCUUGCAGCAAGGCUUUCAGUACCCACCUACAACAGAAGAUCUUCCUUCACUCACAAAUGGCUAUCCACCAUCAAUCAGCAUGUAUGAAACUCAAACCAAAUACCCGUCUUAUAAUCAGUAUCCCAAUGGGUCAGCCAAUGGCUUCGGUGCAGUUAGAAACUUUAGCCCCACUGACUAUUACCAUUCAGAAAUUCCAAACACAAGACCACAUGAAAUUCUGGAAAAACCUUCUCCUCCACAGCUACCACCUCCUCCUUCGGUACCACAAACUGUGAUUCCAAAGAAGACUGGCUCACCUGAAAUUAAACUAAAAAUAACCAAAACUAUCCAAAAUGGCAGGGAAUUAUUUGAGUCUUCCCUCUGUGGAGACCUUUUAAAUGAAGUACAGGCAAGUGAGCACACAAAGUCAAAGCAUGAAAGUAGAAAAGAAAAAAGGAAAAAAAGCAACAAGCAUGACUCAUCUAGAUCUGAAGAGCGCAAGUCACACAAAAUCCCCAAAUUAGAACCAGAGGAACAAAGUAGACCAAAUGAGAGAGUUGAGCCUGCUUUGGAAAAACCAAGAGAAGAUCCAGUGCUAAAAGAGGAAACCUCGGUUCAGCCGAUACUAUCUUCUGUUCCAACAACAGAAGUCUCCGCUGGUGUUAAGUUCCAGGUCGGCGAUCUUGUUUGGUCUAAGGUUGGAACCUAUCCUUGGUGGCCUUGUAUGGUUUCAAGCGAUCCCCAGCUCGAGGUUCAUACCAAAAUUAAUACAAGAGGUGCCCGGGAAUAUCAUGUCCAGUUUUUUAGCAACCAACCAGAGAGGGCAUGGGUUCAUGAAAAACGGGUACGAGAGUAUAAAGGUCAUAAACAGUAUGAAGAAUUACUGGCUGAGGCAACCAAACAAGCCAGCAAUCACUCUGAGAAACAAAAGAUUCGGAAACCUCGCCCACAGAGAGAACGUGCUCAAUGGGAUAUUGGCAUUGCCCAUGCAGAGAAAGCAUUGAAAAUGACCCGAGAGGAAAGAAUAGAACAGUAUACUUUUAUCUAUAUUGAUAAACAGCCUGAGGAGGCUUUAUCUCAAGCAAAAAAGAAUGUUGCCUCCAAAGCUGAAGUUAAAAAACCCCGGAGACCAAGAUCAGUGCUGAAUACUCAGCCAGAACAGACCAAUGCAGGUGAGGUGGCCUCCUCACUAUCAAGUACUGAGAUUCGGAGACAUAGCCAGAGGCGGCACACGAGUGUGGAAGAGGAAGAGCCACCUCCUGUUAAAAUAGCCUGGAAAACUGCAGCAGCCAGGAAAUCUUUACCAGCUUCUAUUACAAUGCACAAAGGGAGCUUGGAUUUGCAGAAGUGCAACAUGUCUCCAGUUGUGAAAAUUGAACAAGUGUUUGCUCUUCAGAAUGCUACAGGAGAUGGGAAAUUUAUCGAUCAGUUUGUUUAUUCAACGAAGGGAAUUGGUAACAAAACGGAAAUAAGUGUCAGGGGACAAGACAGACUUAUAAUUUCUACACCAAACCAGAGAAAUGAAAAGGCAACUCAGAAUGUAUCAUCUCCUGAAGCAACAUCUUGUUCUGCAGGCUCAGAAAAGAAGCAACAAAGAAGAUCAAUUAGAACUCGUUCUGAAUCAGAGAAAUCCACUGAGGUUGUGCCAAAGAAGAAGAUCAAAAAGGAGCAGGUUGAAACAGUUCCUCAGGCUACAGUGAAGACUGGAUUACAGAAAGGUGCCAGCGAGAUUUCAGAUUCCUGUAAACCUCUAAAGAAAAGGAGUCGCGCCUCAACUGAUGUAGAAAUGACUAGCUCAGCAUACAGAGACACAUCUGACUCUGAUUCUAGAGGCCUGAGUGACCUGCAGGUAGGCUUUGGAAAGCAAGUAGAUAGCCCUUCGGCUACUGCAGAUGCAGACAUUUCUGAUGUGCAGUCCGUGGACUCAAGUUUAUCAAGAAGAGGCUUUGGAAUGAGUAAGAAGGACACUGUGUGUCAGGUCUGUGAAAGCUCUGGUGACUCUCUGAUUCCUUGUGAGGGAGAGUGCUACAAACACUUUCACCUGGAGUGCCUGGGGUUGACAUCACUCCCCGAUGGGAAGUUCAUCUGCAUGGAAUGUAAAUCCGGACAGCACCCCUGUUUUUCAUGUAAGGUGUCUGGUACAGAUGUGAAGCGCUGCUCUGUUGGUGCUUGUGGGAAGUUUUAUCAUGAAGCCUGUGUCCGCAAAUUCCCCACUGCCAUCUUUGAAUCAAAAGGAUUCCGCUGUCCCCAGCACUGCUGCUCUGCCUGCUCGAUGGAGAAAGAUAUCUACAAAGCAAGUAAAGGUCGCAUGAUGAGGUGUUUGAGAUGUCCGAUAGCCUAUCACUCUGGAGAUGCUUGCGUCGCUGCUGGAAGCAUAUUUGUGUCCUCCUACAUUCUCAUCUGUAGUAAUCAUUCCAAACGGAGCAGUAAUUCGUCCUCUGCUGUAAAUGUAGGCUUUUGUUUCGUUUGUGCAAGAGGGCUGAUAGUUCAGGACCAUUCAGACCCCAUGUUCAGUUCAUAUGCCUAUAAGUCCCACUAUCUACUGAAUGAAUCAAAUCGUGCAGAGUUGAUGAAAUUACCUAUGAUUCCUUCUUCGUCAGCUUCCAAAAAGAAAUAUGAGAAAGUUAUUAAGACUGUUUAUUUGUUUCAAGGUGGAAGAUUGCUCUGCUGCGAGUCGUGCCCAGCUUCCUUCCACCCAGAAUGCCUGAGCAUAGAAAUGCCAGACGGCUGCUGGAACUGUAAUGACUGUAAAGCUGGCAAGAAACUACAUUACAAGCAGAUUGUUUGGGUCAAAUUGGGAAAUUACAGAUGGUGGCCAGCAGAGAUCUGCAAUCCCAGGUCUGUGCCACUGAACAUCCAGGGCCUUAAGCAUGACUUGGGGGACUUCCCUGUGUUCUUCUUUGGUUCUCAUGACUACUAUUGGGUGCACCAGGGCAGAGUGUUCCCUUAUGUUGAAGGAGACAAAAGCUUUGCUGAGGGGCAGACUAGUAUUAACAAGACCUUCAAAAAAGCUCUGGAAGAAGCCGCAAAACGUUUCCAGGAAUUGAAAGCACAAAGAGAAAGUAAAGAAGCACUAGAGAUUGAAAAAAACUCAAGAAAACCUCCUCCUUACAAACACAUCAAAGCUAACAAAGUCAUAGGAAAGGUACAGAUCCAGGUUGCAGAUCUGUCAGAGAUUCCCCGCUGUAACUGCAAGCCAGCUGAUGAAAACCCCUGCGGCUUGGAAUCAGAGUGUCUGAACAGAAUGCUGCAGUAUGAGUGUCACCCACAGGUGUGCCCAGCUGGAGAUCGUUGCCAGAACCAGUGCUUCACAAAGAGGCUCUAUCCGGAUGCAGAAAUCAUUAAAACGGAGCGGAGAGGCUGGGGCCUCAUGACCAAAAGGAGCAUUAAGAAGGGUGAAUUUGUAAAUGAAUAUGUUGGAGAAUUAAUUGAUGAAGAAGAAUGCAGAUUGCGAAUCAAACGAGCCCAUGAGAACAGUGUAACCAAUUUUUAUAUGUUAACUGUUACCAAGGACCGUAUAAUUGAUGCUGGCCCCAAAGGAAAUUACUCUCGCUUUAUGAACCACAGUUGUAAUCCAAAUUGUGAAACACAGAAGUGGACAGUGAAUGGAGAUGUUCGAGUCGGACUUUUUGCCCUUUGUGACAUUCCUGCAGGGAUGGAGUUAACUUUUAAUUAUAACCUGGAUUGUCUGGGCAAUGGCAGAACAGUGUGCCACUGUGGGGCAGAGAACUGCAGUGGUUUCCUUGGAGUGCGGCCAAAGUCGGCAUAUGUGCCAACAACUGAAGAAAGGGCAAAAAACCCCAAGUUAAAGCAGAAGAAGCGGAAAAUCAAAACAGAACCAAAGCAGAUGCAUGAAGAUUGCUGUUUUCAGUGUGGAGAUGGUGGAGAGUUGGUCAUGUGUGACAAAAAAGACUGUCCCAAAGCUUACCACCUCCUAUGCCUUAACCUGACUCAGCCACCAUAUGGAAAGUGGGAGUGCCCGUGGCAUCAGUGCGACGCGUGCAGCGGUGCGGCCGUUUCCUUCUGCGAGUUCUGCCCGCGCUCCUUUUGUAAAGACCACGGCAAGGGCGCUCUGGUUCCCUCUGCGCUGGAAGGCCUGCCCUGCUGCUCCAAGCACGACCCUGUGUCUCCUGUGCCACCGGGAUACUGGAGCAAGAUCAAGUGUAAAUUGGAAUCACAAGAUCAUGGAGAAGAGGCGAAAGAAUAAUGGGUGGUGGUUUCCCUUUUUUCUUUCUCUUUAAAUGAACAGAAGGGAAAGGCGGAAAGCAAGCAGGUGGUGGUCAGGGAGCGGAGAGACCGCGGGCACCGCCCUGCCUCUGCUGCCCAAGGAGACGAGCCUGUCCUGGCAGCAGCGUGGUGGGGCCUGGUCUUCCUGCUCUGUUUUGUUGGUUCGGGAUUCUUCUGUGGAGGGCUCGGUUCCCUUGGUCCUUCUUUGCCUUUUAUUGUGCUUCAAUGCCUUUGCAGCGGAAAAAGAGACGUCUUUGUUUAUACAAGAACAAAAGAGAGAAAAGAAGGUUUUGUUAAUGAAAUAAGUGUAAAGUCUAGGAUGUGUUCCUUGGGUGUAAAAAGCAAAAGUCACCAUCAUUCCUUUAUUUAUUUUCAUUUUUUAAAAUCUUGAGAAGUGUAGCUCGGAUAGUCUGAUCAGUGUUUGUGUGUAUGUGUUACGUAGGAACUGGAGAAAGCCCCCUAGCAAAGGAUUUGAUGAUCUUUACAUACCUCUUUUCUGUGCCGUGGGUGGGCUAACUUCUUUCCCUUCAGAGUGUCUUUCGCAGACUUGGAGAAGGGUCUGUGGAAGCAUAGGAUCUGGCCUCUUGAAAACAAAAGGCUUCAGUGGGUUUUGCCUUUGUGGUCUUAAACUAGGUGGGCUUUGUGAUAUGAUCACUUUACCUAGAAAGGUAUAUAAUGUGGUUUUGGUUUUGUUUUGGGGAAAAAAAGAAAUGAAUGUACUGAGUUUGAAAUGUUUUCCAUUGAUAGUGGGUGUUUUUGAUGAAGUGUGUUUAUGUGGGUAUGAAUGCAUAGUAUUAGAAUGGUCAUUCCUAUUUCUUGACACACUGAUAAAGGCAGCUAAAGGGCGAUGAAAGGCACAGACUAAAAAGAUUGGAUCAUAUAAGCACCUUUUCCUUCACACCCUGCAUGACUUGGAAAGAAUUAAGGGCAUUUUAUUUUCUGUCUCUGUUUCCCUCUCUUAAUCAAACAUUCCCUGUGUCAGUUGACCUCUCAGUUUCCUGGUGAAACCAUACAGGUGAAUUUGAACUGUAUUUGAAUAGCCCUUUUUGGUUUAGUUCCUAUUUGGGGGGCAUCCCAAAGUUAUAUUCUAAACAAUUUCUAUUUAGUAUUAUCCGGUACGUAACAUUGCUCCCAGGGAAGAAGGGAGGGGAAGCACUUCUACAGGGUGUUUGAUAGCCACACAAACACACUUCAUCAUCUUAGGAACCACGGAGGGAAAGCUCCCAAGGAACCAGUUUUAGCAAAAAUGAUUGGCUGUGGUGCUUGGAUCUCAUAGAUGCCAGUGUACCCAGAUGUCUGCCCACAAAACUCACUUGCUUUUAAUGCUUAGGAAUAUGUAUAUUCCAGUAUUCCUUGUAUGAAAUAAUUAGUAAUGUCAGACAUUGUUUUAACACUGUACUAAGUAGAAGUACCAGUUAGCUUGAAUGAACGUUAACUUUCUCUGUGAAUUUUGACUGCUUACAAUUGCUGGUACCUGGUAGCAUUUAUUUUCCCUCAAAAAGUAACUAGUAACCUUACAAAGGUAGGGAGAGUAGAUGUUCUGCCACAUUCUUUCAGUCGUGUUAUGUGUGUUUCUUUUUCUUAUGAAUUUAGAGCUUUUCUCUGGAAAAAAGAAAAGCUGUUUUGUGCCUCUCUUUUUUUUUUUGUAUGUAAAUGUGCAAUUAUACUGGAUUUUGUCUUGUGAAAAAACAAAACAAAAAACACUACAUUUCCUUUACUUAAGCUCCUAAACUGCCAUUUGCCUGAUUCUGGCAAUUAAUUCUGAGGUAACUUAUUGGGCCUCCAGUAAUUCUAUUGAUUAGAUAUGGUCCCAAAAGAAAGAGCAAAAUAGAAAAUGCUAUACAUGUUACCACAUAUAAUUGCUACAAGUAACAUGAAUUACAUCUCACCAAAACACUAAACUUUGCUCUUAAACAAUUACAUAGUUUGAUGUCCUUUUAAAAAAUAACUUAAGAAAAUAUAGGUUUUAUCAUACUAAAACUUUAUUUUAUAUAUGUAUAUGAUAAGUGUUUGCUUUUCUAAACUUACUAACAUGAAGGAUUUCCUUUAAUAUUCAAAAUGUAACUCUUGUUGAAACAGUAUCCAACAUGAAAUCUUAUCUCCUUAGUGCUAUUUGAUAUCUGAAGACUUUUCUAUGGUAAGCCAGGGUCUAGCCUAUAAACUGCAAAUACCUUAGGUUUGAGUAUUUUUAUGCAGCUCUUCAUUGUGUCACAUUGUGUUUGUGUAUCUGUAACAGCUCUGCAGAGACUUCUUGGGGGGGGGGUGGCUAAUAGGAUUGUUCUGCCAUUUCAGAAAUCAGGGUAGGUAACAAAAUAGCUAACCCUAGCUUUGGGGUCUUUGUGCAUGCGUGUUCUUCAGUGGUCUAAACAGUGGUUUUAGUCAUGCCAGUGCCAAGGAGCUCUUCUUUCACCUCCAUAGUGUCACUGUUCACCUGUUUAAUAUAUUGUGAACUUGCAGGUCUGGAAGCAGAAAAGGAGUAAGUUGUGCUUUAAGUGUGCAUAGUAUACACGCGCUGUGCUUGCUGUGCUUCACCAUGAAAUAUUCCACAACACGUUGCUCACUCAGUCUGAGAUUGGUAUUUGUUAACUUUUAAAUCUGUAUGUGGUCAGAGCAUAUACAUGGUUGGUAUUUAUUAUUGUCCAAAAAUGAAAUAACUUAAAGCAGCAUGGAAUAAUGGUGGUAUUUUUUUAAACUCGUGUUAAUUCUUUGGAGGAAGAAGUGAAUAUAAAAUUUUUGAUAAUCAGCAUAAAGCAUCAGAAAUUGGAUCAGUAACAACUAAAGAUGAAAUCUUGGUAAAAAGUUCCGGGCACUGUACAGUGGAGAGAGGGGCUGGACCAUGGCUGGUAUGAGAAAUCAGGAGAGCUGCCUGUAGCCGGCUAAGGGGGGUGCAGGGGGGUGGCCCUUCCUGCCUGGAAGGCUGACGCAGCUGGAGGACGGGAGUCACUUCUUUAGUAUUUAAUCAGGGCUAGAAUUAGGGGUGAGGUGGGGCUUAUUUUUAUUUUUGUUUUAACAAGUUCCCACUCUACCUUAAUUCUCAAAAAUAAUCUGGCCUAAAUUAUAAAAUAGGCUUUCAGAAUCAUUGAAACUUGGAGAUUUCUGUGUGUUCAAAUAAGGAAUGUACUCAAAACAAAACAAAAAAAUAACGGGAGUAGGUGAUGCUGCUCCCAGUUCCCUUCUGCCAUUUCCAAAUAUUUGGAAACAUGCCUGUAAAUAAUGUUGUGAAAUUCUGAGAUAAUCAUGUGAAGGACUCUCAGACAGGUCAGGCUGUUGGACAGCUUUCUUUCCUGGUUCAUGGAGUUCCUUUUUGAGUAGUUUGUUGCAUGGUAUGUGUCAUGUGUUCCAAUCAGGGUCAAACCCAGAUCUGCAGUUUGGAAACAGAUGGGCCAGCUAUUCAGAAUGUAAUCUCUGGACUACCCAGCACUCGAUGCUUGUCUUUUGUUUCAUUUUUAAAUACAGAGCUCUUCCUUUAAUGUUCACCUUAAAGUCAAGGUGCUGCCACUUGCUAUGUCCCAACAGGAUAAGAAAACAAGUCACAGCUUGGGAGGCUGCGUUUGAGGCGCUUGCUCGUGAGGUACAAGGAUACUGGGAAGUUGCUUAUGGGCCGUGGGAACCCUUCUUGUGUUACCGCCUGCAGGGCUGCUGCGGGGAGCCCCCGCCGUCCCGGCUGCCGCAGGCGGGAAGUGGUCGUUUGGAAUAACUCCCUUUGGCCUAGGGCCACACAGAACUGGUCUCUGGUUAUUUGUAAAGAGGAGAACUAGCUUCCCUUUUCAGAUAAGCUAGGGAAUCGGUAUAAUUAGACAGCUUUGUCAUGUAUUAACAAAUACUGAGAAGUUGGAAACUUGUAUAUACUGAAAUCUACCAACUUUUAUCUGGGGUGGGGCACAUGUAUCGUGGGGUGAGGGAGGGGACGAUGUUUACCACAGGUACGAAAUAGUCACUUUAACAUUGAGACCUCUGCCUCAUGGAAUUCAGGUUUUUUAAGUACUUGAAAUUCUUCAGAUUCUCCUUAUUUUAACAGUUGUUUUAAAAUUUAUGAAGUAGAAAGCAUUGUUCUAUAUACUGUUUGAAAACAGCCUAGUCUCUUACCCUCUUUCGCUUGGAUUAAAGGUGAAGUUCUGCAAAUGGGAGACUGUGCUCACAGUAGGCAUCUCAGAUCUGAUGUACACCUGGGGGGAGACUCCUGCUUGGGAUGCCAGCAGCGUUUUUAUGAGUAUUUCCUAUAUAUGUUCUUUAUCAUUUCGUCAACCCAAGCACCUCUUCUUUCCUUUUAAUAUAUACCUGCCCGAGGGGGGGUAGUAAUUUGCACUUAUGUUACACUCCUGAAAUGCUGGGUGUAAUCUGUGUGUUUCAAAAACCAUUUCCUUUUUUUCCAUUGCUUAAGUGACCAGUUCAGGUGCUUAUGGCACGUAUGUGUGAAGGGGGAGGAGGAAGAGAAGUUCCUGUCCUUUGGUAGGCUCUGAAAGUCAUUAACGUGUAAGUAAAAGGGAAAGGAUGAGUAGUUGCCAAAGUCAUUUAUUCAGAUCUUAGUUUUAUUACGUGACGUGACUGCAUCUGCAUAUGGGCAAGAAGCACCCUCAGGUUCCAGUACUCCCCUACCCGCCACAGGUUUCUCAUAUGUUCAUCAGAUUACCUGGAUUAGGUAUUGAUAAGGUAUUCUGGUCAGUUUGGAAGUGGACUGGAUAAAAGUUACUUUUACUUUGUUGUCAUUUAUAUCUCUAUUUCAUUUGUGCUGUCACAUACCCUAUGUUAGAAAAAAAAAACAUUAUUGCCGCCGACAACCAAGAUGCUAAAUGAUUAUUACAACUGGCUAAUAAUAAAUUCUUUUUAUAUACAAGGGUAUGUGCAUAAUUGGAAUUGAUAUGAGAAAUUCAUUUGUAACCACUUGUGAUAUUGCACAACAAACACACAUACCUACAGAUUCUGUUUUCAUUUCCUUGUGAUCUUUAUCUAUAACAACCUUUGUAGAUUGGUUAUUUCUGUACUUUGUUUACCUGUAAUAAACUUUGUAGAUCCUGUGAAAUGUUAUUUUGCCUAAAUCACUUGAGACUUGAGUCUUUAAUAACAAAGCACCAAUAUUCACGAAAGUCAAUCUCCUAAGUUUCUGUGACUUGGCUAGAAGCUCGACACUAAGGGAUUAGUGUUCAUUUUCCCUGGGGGUGUUCCACUAGGGCAUUACUGUAUAUUGACUUGAUGUUGCCACACAGACUUCAAGAUAUAUAUUUUGGGGAUUUUGUUGAUUGGCCUAUGUUUUAUUGCAUAGUGUGAAGUGUGCAAAGCUUGGUUAACCUGUAUAUAGAUAGCUUACUGCUGACUCGUUACUGUGUAUUUAGGAUUGCCUGUAAUAUUUAAGCGCUUACUGCUGUCUGUGCUGGUAGGAACAUAUAAUUUUGUAUAUUAUAUUUACUGAGAUGUUGCCUUUUUUUAUUUUACAAAUACUUUGAAAUUCAAAUGUGGUUUGCUUUUUUUGCUUCCAUGAGGAUUAAUUUGGAAAGAUUUUUAAUGACAUUCCACUGAUUUCAGAUUUUGCUUGAGAUUGACUUCAAUAAAUUGUCCUGUAUGUUCCAAAUUAAA